CUCGCCCCGCCGCGUCGCCCCUCCCCGCCGAACCAGCCGAGCCGAGCCGGCUCAGUCGCCAGCGAGAGGUGGCGAGGGAAGGUUGUGAAGCGCGGGAGCCUGUCCUGUCCAUUCGGGGGUCGGUGACGUGCGAGAGCGAGCGAGCGCCGGCACUUACCAUAUCAUGUUAUAGUUGUUGUUGUUGUUGCUGCCCUUGUGAUACCCGGCGUUCGUUUUCUUGUUCUUGUUGUUGUUGUUGUUACGCACGGACGUUACCCCCUGGUUGAUUGAUUGUUGAAGUGACAUUGUUGUUGUUGACUCCCUCGCCGGCCGGCAUUCCCUGCCUCCCCGGCCCCCCUGGCGGCCCGCGACCCUCUUGUUAGAACUUGAUUCCCGACGGCCAUGGCGACGCGACAGUGACUCUGCCCGCGCCCUCCGGCCGCCCCCCGGCCCGCCCAUGCCGCUGCAGCAGCCCCUGCAGCUGAACGCGCCCGCAGCCCCGGCGCCCGGGCCGCUGGCCGCCGCGCCCCGCCACCAGCACCGCCACCAGGAGCACCGCGCCAUGGACCGCGCCGCUCGCUGCUGCGCGCCCACCGAGUGCCUGCGGGUGUUCACGGCCAACAACAACGGCAAGGACAGCGCCGUGGUGGACGACCUGCGCGAGGCGGUGCGCGUCAUCUGCAACAACGACGCCUGCCCCUACGGCCACUACAUGCACCGCGAGUGCUUUGAUCAGUUUGAGCAGGGCGUGCUCACCUACCUCAAGUCCUGCGGGCGCGCGCGCUCCUGGUCCGAGCGCCAGCGCAACCAGAACCUCUGGACCAAGAAGGGCUACGACCUGGCCUACAAGGCGUGCGGCUGCCGCUGCGGCCGCGGCCACCUGCGCAAGGACCUGGACUGGGUGGCGCCCGCUCAGCCCAUCAACGCGCGCGGCGCCGACGAGGACCUGGGCGGCGGCGGCAGCAAGAAGAAAAAGAGGCGCAACAAGAACGCGCGGCCCGUGCUCUCGCUCACCAGCGGCGGCCACUACAACAAGAGCGACCCCAACAACAACACCGGCUUCGACAUCCGCGGCCGUGCUGGCUCCCUGUCCUCCGGCUCGACGGGCUCCUCGUCGCCGCCCGCCAUCGGCUGCCCCGGCGGCCUGCAGCAAGGCGCCGGCUCCACCAGCGGCACCCUGGGCGCGGCCUUCGGCGGCGCGAUGCUCCGCAGGAGGGGCCUCAACAAGACCGAGUUCUUCUCCGACAGGUGAGUGAUGAUGAGUGUGU